ACACUGGUGUUUCAGUCUCAGGAGGGGGUGGUGCCUGUAGUGUCAGUCACAGACUGACAGAUGACUGUCAUUUCAUUUUGCAGUGUUUUUUUAUGCUUCGAACAGCUGUGGGGCACUUUUAGCUGUGACUUUCCUAUUUCCUGUUAGAGAUAAGUCUGCAACACCAUGAGGCAUUUCCUCCUCACCCCUCUCGCCAGUGGGUGGCAGUGAGGCCUUUCCACUUGCCAGCCCUGCCACCUACCAUGAACUCAGCCCCCAGAUGGGCUGCUAAAUAUUUGCGCUUGAUUUUAUUAGAAGUCUUUGCUCAGAAGGCAGGUGACCUGAUCCUGUCCUCAUCUAAUUCUAGAGACAUGGUGAGGAAGGGAGGAGGUGACUGGCGAGGUUGGUGCUGGGAGUGCUCCUGCCAUGUCUGCUGACUCCUGGCGGGCCAGCCUGUCUGGAACUCUCCGUGGUGGUGCUACUGAUGGCGUGGGUCAGGCCAGUGUGGAAGGUCACCAGGUUUGGAACCACCUGGCUGUCAGGACCAUCAUUGAAAUACACAAGACCCUGGCCUUCAUUCAAUGCCAGGGCUGAAACUGGAGGACCGCUCCGUGGUGCCCCGGGAUGUGGUCCGGCACAUGCGAUCCACCGACAGUCAGUGCGGCACAGUGAUAGACGUCAGCAUCGACUGCGCCGUCAAGCUCAUAGGCACCAACUGCAUCAUCUACCCUGUCAACAGCAGGGACCUCCAGCACAUCUGGCCGUUCAUGUAUGGGGACUACAUUGCUUAUGACUGCUGGCUGGGGAAGGUCUAUGACUUGAAGAACCAGAUCAUCCUGAAGCUGUCCAAUGGGGCCAGGUGCUCCAUGAACACAGAAGAUGGUGCCAAGCUCUAUGAUGUCUGCCCGCACGUCAGUGACUCGGGUCUCUUCUUCGAUGAUUCCUAUGGAUUCUACCCGGGCCAGGUGCUUAUCGGCCCUGCCAAGAUCUUCUCCAGCGUCCAGUGGCUGUCUGGGGUCAAGCCUGUGCUCAGUACCAAGAGCAAGUUCCGAGUGGUGGUGGAAGAGGUGCAGGUUGUAGAACUGAAAGUCACGUGGAUUACCAAGAGUUUCUGUCCAGGGGGCACGGACAGCGCAAGCCCCCCACCCUCCAUCAUCACCCAGGAAAACCUAGGCAGGGUGAAGCGUCUCGGAUGCUUUGACCAUGCUCAGCGGCAGCUUGGGGAGCGCUGUCUGUAUGUCUUCCCAGCCAAGGUAGAGCCGGCCAGGAUUGCCUGUGAAUGUCCAGAAAAACACUGCGCCCAGGGGGAGGGCUCUAUGGCCAAGAAGGUGAAGCGCCUGUUAAAGAAGCAGGUUGUGAGGAUCAUGUCUUGCUCCCCGGACACCCAGUGCUCCAGAGACCAUUCCACGGAGGACCCAGGCAAGAAAGGUGGGGCCAGAGCCAAGAGUGAAGUGGGGUCCGCCAGCCCUGAGGAGACCCCUGAUGGGUCCUCCAGCCCGGUGGAGAUGCAGGAUGAGGGCACAGAGGAAGCCCAGGAGGCGGGUGAGCACCUGCCCCCUUUCCUGCUGAAGGAAGGCAGAGACGACAGACUGCACUCCGCAGAGCAGGAUGCGGACGACGAGGCCGCCGAUGACACGGAUGACACCAGCUCAGUGACCUCCUCUGCCAGCUCUACCACCUCCUCCCAGAGCGGCAGCGGCACGAGUCGCAAAAAGAGUAUCCCCUUAUCUAUCAAGAACUUGAAGCGAAAACACAAGCGGAAGAAGAAUAAAAUCACUCGUGACUUCAAGCCGGGGGACAGGGUGGCUGUGGAGGUGGUGACCACGAUGACCUCAGCAGAUGUAAUGUGGCAGGACGGCUCUGUGGAGUCCAACAUCCGCUCCAACGACCUCUUCCCCGUGCACCACCUGGACAACAACGAGUUCUGCCCCGGAGACUUCGUGGUGGACAAGCGAGUCCAGAGCGGUGCAGACCCCACUGUCUACGGCGUGGUGCAGUCUGGGGACCAUGUGGGCCGCACCUGCGUGGUGAAGUGGUUCAAGCUGCGGCCAAGUGGAGACGAUGUGGAGAUGAUUGGAGAAGAGGAAGACGUGAGUGUCUACGACAUUGCCGACCACCCUGACUUCCGGUUCCGCACCACGGACAUUGUCAUCCGCAUUGGCAAUACUGAGGAUAACGCUCCUCACAAGGAGGAUGAGCCAUCAGUUGGCCAGGUGGCCCGUGUGGACGUCAGUAGCAAGGUGGAGGUUGUGUGGGCUGACAACUCAAAGACCAUCAUCUUGCCCCAGCACUUAUACAACAUCGAAUCUGAGAUUGAAGAGUCAGACUAUGACUCGGUGGAAGGCAGCACCAGUGGGGCAUCCUCGGAUGAGUGGGAAGAUGACAGUGACAGCUGGGAGACGGACAACGGGCUGGUGGAAGAUGAGCACCCCAAGAUAGAGGAGCCCCCCAUCCCACCCACUAAGGAGCCGGUGGCCCCCGAGGAAGACAAGGGGGUGGUGAUCAGCGAAGAGGCUGCCACGGCUGCUAUUCAGGGGGCUGUGGCCAUGGCCGCCCCUGUGGCUGGGCUGAUGGAGAAGGCGGGCAAAGAUGGGCCCCCAAAGAGCUUCCGGGAGUUAAAAGAGGCCAUCAAGAUCCUGGAGAGCCUCAAAAACAUGACCGUGGAGCAACUUCUGACGGGCUCACCCACUUCCCCCACGGUGGAGCCAGAGAAGCCAACUCGGGAGAAGAAGUUUCUGGAUGACAUCAAGAAGCUGCAGGAAAAUCUCAAGAAGACCCUGGACAAUGUGGCCAUCGCAGAGGAGGAAAAGAUGGAGGCAAUGAUGGACACGGAGCACAAGGAGGACAAGCCGGAGGGGCCGUCACCUGUGAAGGCCGAAUGGCCCAGUGAGACCCCCGUGCUCUGCCAGCAGUGUGGCGGCAAGCCUGGAGUCACCUUCACCAGUGCCAAGGGCGAGGUCUUCUCAGUCCUGGAGUUUGCACCCUCAAAUCACUCUUUUAAGAAAAUUGAGUUCCAGCCUCCAGAAGCCAGGAAGUUCUUCAGCACAGUGCGAAAGGAGAUGGCCCUGCUGGCUACCUCGCUGCCCGAUGGCAUCAUGGUCAAGACGUUUGAGGAUAGAAUGGACCUCUUCUCAGCCCUAAUCAAGGGCCCCACUCGCACCCCCUACGAGGAUGGCCUCUACCUAUUUGACAUCCAGCUCCCCAACAUCUACCCGGCCGUGCCCCCCCACUUUUGCUACCUCUCUCAGUGCAGUGGGCGCCUGAACCCCAACCUGUAUGACAACGGGAAGGUGUGUGUCAGCCUCCUGGGCACCUGGAUUGGGAAGGGCACAGAGAGGUGGACGAGCAAAUCCAGCCUUCUCCAGGUGCUCAUCUCCAUCCAAGGCCUAAUCCUGGUGAACGAACCGUACUACAACGAAGCCGGCUUUGACAGCGACCGGGGCCUGCAAGAGGGCUACGAGAACAGUCGCUGCUACAACGAGAUGGCGCUGAUCCGUGUGGUGCAGUCCAUGGCCCAGUUGGUGCGGCGGCCCCCCGAGGUUUUUGAACAGGAGAUCCGGCAGCACUUCAGUACUGGUGGCUGGCGGCUGGUGAACCGCAUCGAGUCCUGGCUAGAAACCCAUGCCCUGCUGGAGAGGGCCCAGGUGCUGCCCAACGGGGUCCCCAAGGACAGCAGCUCUCCAGAGCCACCUGCCAUGGCCGAGCUCUCAGACUGCAACCGAGAAGAACCUGAGGAUGGAGGGCUCGGCCCUGGGGAGGCCUCCCAGGGCUCAGACUCAGAGGGCGGCACCCAGGGCCUGGCCUCAGCUAGCAGGGACCACACAGAGCAGACUUCGGAGGCAGCACCUGAUGCCUCGGUGCCACCCAGUGUCAAACCAAAGAAGCGGAGAAAGAGCUACCGGAGCUUCUUACCUGAGAAGAGUGGCUACCCCGACAUUGGCUUCCCCCUCUUCCCGCUUUCUAAGGGUUUCAUCAAGAGCAUCCGGGGUGUCCUCAUGCAGUUCCGGGCCACUCUGAUAGAGGCGGGCAUGCCUGAGAGCACAGAGGGCAAGUAGCCGCCAGCCCCAGGAAGGAGCGUCGCAGCGGGGAGAGGCCAGCUGCUGCCUGCUACUCCCUCCCUUGGAAUCUCCCCUCUUCCCAUUUUCUCCUCUGUCCCCAGGGCAGACCGCCAUCCCACCUCCACCCCAACCUCUUUUCCCCAAGAUGAGUUUGAUGCUAAAGCGCAAGAAGUUUCUUGAGAUGCUGCCGUUUCUACUUUGAAGCAAUCUGUGGCAGGCAGGCCCCUAUAGCAAAGAAAAUCUGAAUCCUCUUGCUGAUUCUCCACUUGUUACCCCAGGCAGAAUGACCUGGCACUUCCUUCCCUGUGUCUCCAUCUCAGGGCACACAUGGGGUUUCCCAAGGCCUAACACAGGGGCUCUCCAGGCCCAGGGCUGUGCUGGCCAGCCGCCGAGUGGGUGCACCUUGCAUGAAGUGUGGGUUGCUCCAGCAGUUCCCCUGGUCCCUCUCAACCCCCUCAGUUCCACCGCAGCCUCCCUGUGUCCUAGGCCCUCCCGCCGCCGCCACCAGGUCCUACAUGCCCCAGCAUCCGCAUUCGCCCUUGGGAGUUAAAGCUGCCCUCACCGCUCCUGGCUGUACUCUGGCCGUUUACCACAGGAUAGCCCUCAGUCCUGUUGAAACUUGCUCUCUAAGAGAGGUAGGGACCAGGCUGGGCUCGGGGUGCCACCAGGAGAGGUGGUGGCCCCCACAUACUAACCUGGAAUGAGGCCCAGGGAGCUGCCAGGAAAGGAGCAGCCGCAGGUACCUUGCGCUUCCUGUCCCGGGUGGUGGGGAUCGGCAGCUCUGGCAUCAAGGCCUUGCCUGCUGGGACCGAAGCCCAUGCCUGCUCCCCGCUCAGCCCCAUCCCAGGGCCUCAGGAGGCCGCAGCAGCGGCACAAACAAGGCCAGGCAAGUUCUGAGGCGUCUCCCGUAGGUAUUGCCCCUCAAGUGCUACCGCUGGGCCGUGGCUGUAGCUCACUGAACCUGGAGGAGCCAGCCCUCCAGUGAGAACAGGGCCUCCUGUCAGCCCUUCGCUUACAGACUCUGCAGGCUCAAUCUGGGGGGAGCGUGGGGGGAGAGGUGGCUGGCUGGGGUUCUCCCUCACAGGGACAGGCCCAGAGGUUUACAAGUUUUCUAAGGUUUUGAUAAUGUGAAGUUCCAGGUUAAGAGGAUGCUGUUGAGCACAUUGCAGCUAUGUAAUUUUUGGUGUAUGUAUGUAAUAUUUAAAGUUGAAAGAAAAUAAUCUCAAGAGCAAAGAUAUAAACUCUUAUUAGAAAAAAGACAAAAAAAGAAGCCAAAGCAUGAUGCGUCUUGUCCGCCUUAAGCUGGCUCCACACCUGUGCUGCACCGUGAAGCCCAGGGGGCAGCAGCCGCGGGGAACGACAGGGCCGGACCUCGGCCGCAGCACUGGGAGCCCAGAGUGGUAUCUUGUUUGAGAAACAUCUAGCACCUAGAGCGGCUGAUGGGGCUGUGCUUCCCAGUGUGUUGUUCAGGUGGAGAUGUGAAUGCCUACUGCUUACGAUAUCUGUAUAAAGUGCUGUGUGAUUAAACUUUUUUUUUACUUGCAUUUUUUGUUUGUUUUGGCUCAUUACAAUGUACAAAAAAGACAAGGUGGCACCAUUAAACCUGCCUCUGCCAUUCA